AUGAAGUGUUUGCUUCGCAUGGCUGUAUCAAAGAACCAAUCUAUGGUGUUUUUUGAGACAGUUCUUUCGCUUCGCAUGCAAAAGCACACAUUUAUUGAAGCAGUUCCUAUCCCCAACGAUGUGUUCCCGCAAGUGCCUGCGUAUUUUUAUGUGGCUUUGAGUGAGGUUGAGUCGGAAUGGUCCGACCACAAGCAAGUCAUUGGCUUUUCCGAGCAACGUCCUUUCCAAAGCAGUAUGGUGUCUCGACUUCCGUACUUUAUGAUACAGUGGGACUACAAGGGUCAACGUGGUUACGGACAUGUGAUUGAAUCACGUCAGGACGAACGGGGACGCUUUGCGCCCUCCGGCCGUGAUGAGCCCGUGUAUGACGAUGGCGACCAUGUUGGAGGCACGGGAUUUCCAGCGUACGUCUACAAACCAUUCCUACGGACAGACACACUAACGCUCCCUACUUCUCUAUUUAGCAAUUUUGCGCAUGAAAUUAUCGGGAAUAUGCUUCAGCUUGAGCCACAACGUUGGCGCAAACCCAAACAUGUGGCGGGAAUGAGACAGUUGGUCGAUCAGUUUAAAGCCUCCUGGGACGCGUUCGAUUGGACUCGCUAG